GGCCGCCGGGAGCCCGGAGCUGCGGCCCGGAACCGCCAUGGCCGGCAGCGGCAGCGGGCCUGUGCUGGAAACCAUCCAGGCGGAUGGGACGGACGGGAACUGCGUCACGUUCGUGCUGCACGACGAGGAUCACACCCUGGGCAACUCCCUGCGCUACAUGGUCAUGAAGAACCCUGACGUGGAGUUCUGUGGCUACUGCAUCACACACCCCUCAGAAAGCAAGAUCAACUUCAGGAUUCAGACCAGAGGGGCCCUUCCUGCUGUGGAGCCAUUCCGGAAAGGGCUGAAUGACCUGAUGGGUGUUUGCCAACACGUGCUCAACACCUUUGAGAGGAGCAUGAAGGAGUUCAGGGCACAGAAGGAGGAGGAGAUGCAGUAGCCUUUGGGAAUGGCGUGGAUGUAACCUCUGUUGAAUUCCCUGUGUCCAAACAAGGUGGUUUUUUGUUGUUUUUUUUAUUACUUUGCUGCAAAAUGUAUUUUCUUUAAUAAUAAAGUUUAUUCAUUUAAAUGCU